ACCAACACCAGCGUUUGUCAGCUGCUGUGUUUCAUGCAGCUUUCUGCAGCUGUACUCAUUUGGGUGUCGUGUUUCAGCUCAUUUAGUCUCCGACUGAUCGUUAGCUGCUCAAGAUUUCACAGAAGAGACAAAUAAAUCUGCUUCAGGUCUCCUGAAGGUUGAUCGGCUGCUCAAAGGUUAUUGGUCGUUUACCUGUGUCGAGCAAAGGUGGAUGAAGGUGUCCCACACAGACUGAUGUCACUCAGCUGUGAAAGGAGACGAGCAAAUAAAUGAUGAGUUUCCAGGAAAGUCCAGUCGUGAGUGGAGAUGCUGCUGUGGACGGUAACUCUGACAGUGUCCUGUCUCAGAAAACUAACUUCCAAGUGAUGCCCAACGGAAAAGCGGACACAGCUGAGCCCAAGGAAGCCCCGGCUUUUAACUCUCCUCCUAAACCUCCCAGAUGUCUUCCUGAGCUGGGCGGAGCUGCUGAAGUUCUUCCGCCAGAAGAGCACAAGGCCGUUCCUCUGUCAACGUCAAACUUGGCGACGAUUUUGGCCCCCGCCAAGGAGCUGUGGAGCUCCAGCAGAGACAAGGCGGUCAGGCUGAGGAUGGAGAACUCCGGUCCGGGCUCAGAGACCCCCAUGACCAUCCAUCAGAUGUUCCUGGAGACGGUGGAGUGGUGCGGGGAUAAGCCAGCUUUGGUUUCUAAGACGGACGGCCGGUGGGUGACCCUGACCUGGAGGGAGUACUAUGAGGAAUGUCGUACAGCAGCUAAAAGUUUCCUCAAGCUGGGCCUGGAACGUUUCCAUGGAGUCGGCAUCCUAGGAUUCAACUCUCCGGAGUGGUUCAUCUCGGAUGUCGGCUGCAUCUUCGCAGGGGGUCUGGCGACGGGCAUUUACACGACCAACUCACCAGAGGCGUGUCAGUAUGUCGCUGCCAACUGUGAAGCCGACGUCCUGGUUGUAGAAAACCAGAAACAACUGGACAAAAUCCUAAAGGUUAAAGGUCAGCUACCUCACCUGAAAGCCAUCGUUCAGUAUAAAGGUGAGCUGCAGCAGAAAGCACCCUUCCUGUAUACGUGGGCGGAGUUCAUGAAGCUUGGAGAGGACGUGUCCAACGAGCAGCUGAAUGCUGUGAUUGACAGCCUUCGGUCCAACGAGUGCUGCAGCCUCAUCUACACAUCUGGAACCACUGGGAACCCCAAAGGAGUCAUGCUGAGCCAUGACAAUAUCAGCUGGACGGCCCGGACGGUUUUUAAAAUGAUAAAUGAAAACUACGGUGAGGAAGUUCUGGUUAGUUACUUGCCCCUCAGCCACGUAGCAGCCCAGAUGAUCGACAUUUGGGGCUGCAUGAGUCUUGGAGGAACCAUCUACUUUGCAGAUCCGGACGCCCUAAAGGGAUCCUUGGUAAACACGCUAAAAGAAGUUCGUCCCACCGGUUUCCUGGGGGUUCCCCGGGUUUGGGAGAAGAUGCAAGAGAAGAUGAAAGCUGCUGGGUCCAAGGCUUCCCCGCUAAAGAAGAGACUGGCGGACUGGGCCAAAUCUGUGGGCCUUCAGUACAACUACAGCGUAAUGAACGGGGAGAACGCGGUGCCGUGGGGCUUCAUGCUGUCUAAUAAUCUGGUCUUUAAGAGGGUCCGGGCUGGUCUGGGUUUGGACCGCUGCACAUUCUGCUGCACCGGUGCUGCUCCCAUCACCAAAGACACCCUGGAGUACUUUAUGAGCCUGAACAUCCCGGUGAAGGAGCUCUACGGCAUGAGUGAAAGCUCCGGACCUCACACGGUCUCCAUCAACCAGUAUCGCAUCGGAAGCUGUGGAAAAGUGAUGCCAGGCUGCAAGACCAAGCUGGACCAUCCAGAUGAGGACGGGAACGGGGAGAUUUGCUUUUGGGGUCGACAUGUCUUCAUGGGCUACCUGAACAUGCCCGACAAAACCGUGGAGGCCCUGGACGAGGAUGGCUGGCUGCACUCCGGAGAUCUAGGAAAACACGACAAGGACGACUUCCUGUACAUCACGGGCAGAAUCAAAGAGCUGAUCAUCACUGCAGGUGGGGAGAACAUCCCUCCUGUUCCCAUCGAGGACGCGGUAAAGACCGAGGUGCCCAUCAUCAGCAAUGCCAUGCUGAUCGGAGACAAGCUCAAGUUCCUCUCCAUGAUGCUCACACUCAAAUGUGAGAUGGACGACAACGGUGAACCCACAGAUGAUCUGAGUCCUGAAGUUUUGGACUUCUGCCAGCAGCACGGUGUCAAAUCAACCAAGGUGUCAGAGGUCAUAGCCAAUAAGGAGCCAGCAAUCUACAAAGCCAUUCAGGAGGGAAUGGAGCGAGUCAACGCCAGAUCUACAUCCAACGCCCAGAAGGUCCAGAAGUGGAUCGUUCUGGGGCGAGACUUCUCUGUCGUUGGUGGAGAACUGGGACCCACCCUGAAACUGAGGAGGCCCGUUGUGGUGAAAAUGUACCAGGAUGAGAUUAAUGAGCUGUACACAGCGGCUGCAGAACAGCAGUAGACUUUAAGGCUCGGCGAGCGGGGACGACCGUGAGACGAGUUCACCGUGCUAAACACGCAGCUCUGACGUAGAAACGAGGUUUGUGCUGCUGAAAGCUGAAAAAACUCUUCUGUUUGGUAUUUAAACUGUAAAAACGUUCAGCGUCAAAGCAACUUCAUAUUUAUACAGAUCUAAGAGUGAUCACUCAACAAGCAGGAUCGGGAAAACUGGACAUCAGUCCGCUUUUAGAUGGAGAACAUUUAUAUAUUUUUAUAGUUUUUAUCAGAUUUUGUACCCAAGAAUCCACUGUGAUCAUAAACUAGUUUUAUUUCUGAUGCUGCGUCUAUUUAACUUUGAUCACUGGUUAAAUAUGAUGGUUUGUUUGUGAAACUAAAUAAAAAAUCUUUCUAUAUUUUGAAUUUAAUGUAAAAGUCUAUUUAACUUCUCACAAAUGCAAAAUGUAAACAAAAAACAAUCUUAAAUUGUACCGUGUAGUUUGACUCCUUAUGAAAGUAUUUAUUUUCUGAAAGAUUUUCCAAAAUUGACAAUAAAAUGUUUGUGAUUUGGAACGCA